CUCGUCGCGUACACGCGCGACAACAACAUUAUAUACAAUAGUGUGUUUUUGCUUGGGUAUAUAACAACAGACAGAUACACACAUACACAGAAGAGCAUAUAUUUACUUGGCUCUUCUCCGGUGCGCGCCACACUACAGUUGAUACAGCUAAUAUAUACCUUGCGUAUAUCUAUCUGGUGCGCUGCGCCUUUUUCGUGUGUGUGUGUGUGUGCAGUGUGCAGUGUUUGUGUCUAUGUGUGUGUGUGAGUGUCCGCCCUCAUUUUCACACCCCCUCUCGGUUGCUUCGACGACGACGAUGGAGUGUCAUGCAGUUCGUUGAGAGUUUUUUGAGUUCCACGAGCUUUUUUCGAGCAUAUAUUUGUAUAGAUUGUUUCUAACCGUUUGACAACAACGAGAAACUCAAGUUAAUUAAUUACACGUCGGCCUCAAGUCGCUUCUCGUCGUAAAAAAACCAACAAAAAAGCUCGAUUACUGCCAGAAAAGUGCAAUACAGCCAAUAAUAUACAUUCUUUUAUAUUAUAACAAUAAAGAAAAUUGUAUACACACAGACGGUGUUUAUACAUGCUGCGGUGCGAUAAAGAAGCGUUAUCAUCGUUGGAAAAUUGCAACGUUAAGCAGCGUAGCGUAGUGCACAGUGUUUUCACGACAAACAAAGUGUGUACCGCAGCGAUACACGUACAUACAGGGCAAAACCCCCCCAGUGCAAUUAUCAUUUAAUUCGUCAAUUUUAAGUGUAGAAGCGAGCGACAGCAGCAACUGUCAUUCGUCGAAAAGCUCGUAUAAGCACCUUCGAGAGCCUACUUACUACUAGUUUAUACGUUCGAUAAGUGUAUUAUAUUUAGGAGUUUUUUGGUGGCAAUAGCGAGUGUCGUCGUGCUGACGGUAUGUGUGCAGCAGCGACUGUGUGACAGCUCUCAGCUGUUCUCUCGUACACAUACAGAUAUACCAAACGUGAAGUAUACGCAGGGAGCACAGAAAGCCGCUGCUCGUGCGGACACAUUGAACACGGAGUUCGGAGUGUGUACUGUGUAGUGCGCUGUUGUGAACGAAAACAAAAGUACAAGAGAGAUUUAAUAAAAAUUUACGGAGUGUACAAGGAGCGACGCACCGAUGACUCGUCUUUGGAGUUGACGCUCGGCGCACAGAGAAUAGAUAGAUAGAUAGACAAGUUCGCAACAGAGAUCUAUAAAACAGUCGUUUACCUUGGAAGAGCCUUGAGGCGCGAGGAGGAUGGCGGAUCUGAAGAAUCUCACCGGGGCCGGAUCGCGUUACAACGGCGACGAGCAGGUGCAAUUCAUACCGGGCGGCAGUCAUCAAGUGACCAUACGCUCGCCACCCCCGCUGCUCCUCGAGAAUCUCAACAACGCGGCAGUUCUUGGCGGUCCGCAGAAUUACGUGCAGAAUUGCGCCUACAACGGGGUCGGCAACGGCAACAGCAACAACAACGGCGCCAGCAACGGCAACGGCAACGUGGCAGCGGCACCGCCGUCCGUGGUCGUCGUCGGCAGCGGCGUCGUCGGAACCAACAAUCAGCAGCAGCCGAUGAACGUCGGCAACAACAUGCUCUGCGCGCCGCGCAAAGUGCCCAACAAUCACACGAGUCCCGGCCAGCAUCAUCAGCCGUUCAAAAAGCCCGCGGUUGCGCUCACCCAUCUGCCGAAGCGGCCGCCCGUCGACAUCGAGUUCAAGAAUCUCGCCUACAGCGUCUCCGAGGGACGACAGAGAGGCGGUCUGUUCCCAGGUUACAAGACGAUACUCAAGUGCGUCCAGGGCAAGUUCAGAUGCGGCGAGCUCACGGCCAUCAUGGGCCCGUCCGGCGCCGGCAAGAGCACCCUCAUGAACGUCCUCGCCGGCUACAAAACGUCGAAUCUCAGCGGCUCGGUGCUGAUAAACGGCAAGGAUCGCAAUCUGCGCCGAUUUCGCAAGAUGUCCUGCUACAUAAUGCAGGACGACCGUCUGUUGCCCCAUCUCACCGUAUACGAGGCCAUGACGGUGUCGGCGAAUCUCAAGCUCGGCAAGGACAUCACCGCGGCGGCCAAGAAGGUCGUGAUCGAGGAGAUCAUCGAGACCCUCGGCCUGAGCGACGCCAGCAGCACGCUGACCCAUCGUCUGUCGGGCGGCCAGAUGAAGCGGCUCUCGAUAGCUCUGGAGCUGGUCAACAAUCCGCCGGUGAUGUUCUUCGACGAGCCGACCUCGGGCCUGGACAGCUCGAGCUGCUUCCAGUGUCUGAGUCUGCUCAAGUCGCUGAGUCGGGGCGGCCGCACCAUCAUCUGCACGAUACACCAGCCGAGCGCGAGACUCUUCGAGAUGUUCGAUCAUCUGUACAUACUGGCCGAGGGACAGUGCAUUUAUCAGGGCAACGUGGGUGGAUUGGUGCCGUUUCUGUCGUCCAUGUGCCUGGACUGUCCGAGCUAUCACAAUCCUGCCGAUUACGUCAUGGAAGUGGCCAGUGGGGAGCACGGCGAGUGCGUGCACAAGCUCGUCUGCGCCGUCAACAACGGCAAGUGCAACAAUUAUCAGCACUACCAGACGGCCCUGGUGGCCGCCCAGGCCCUGUCCAACGACAUCGCCAAGCAGCCGCCGACGAGUCCGGCCGGUCAACAGCAGCAGCAACAGCAGCAACAGCAGCAGCAACAACAACAGCAACAGCAACAGGAUCAGCAGACACCGCCCAGCGGCAACAACGGCAAGGAACUGACGGUGGCCGGAGUGGUGGGCGGUGGCCAGGCACUGGUGCCGAACGGCGUGGCCUGCGGCAAGGCGCCGACGUCGUCGAGCAACGGCACGAGCUGCGUCCUGAGCCUGCCCGUGUCGUGCACCACCUCGCUGCUCGACAGCGCCGAGAGCAUCGAGCAGAAGGUCGGCUUCCCGACCAACGGCUGGAUACAGUUCUGGAUACUGCUCAAGCGCACCUUCCUCUCGCAGUGUCGCGACAUGACAUUGACGAAGGUCAGGCUGAUAUCACACAUAAUCGUGGGUUUUCUCAUCGGGGCAAUUUACUACGACAUUGGCAACGACGCGUCCAAGGCCAUGAGCAACGCCGGCUGCGUGUUCUUCACCGUCAUGUUCAUCAUGUUCACGGCCAUGAUGCCGACCAUCCUCACUUUUCCCGUGGAGAUGGCCGUGUUCGUGCGGGAGCACUUGAACUACUGGUACUCGCUCAAGGCCUUUUAUCUGGCGAGGACCCUAGCCGACAUACCGUUUCAGAUCGUGUACUCGAUAGCUUACAUCAUCAUCGUUUACUUCAUGACGUCGCAGCCGCUCGAGUACGAGCGAUUCUUCAUGUAUCUCAACAUCUGCAUACUGACGUCGCUGGUCGCCCAGUCGAUCGGUCUGCUGAUCGGCGCCGCGAUGAGCGUCGAGUCCGGCGUGUUCAUCGGGCCCGUGACCUCGGUGCCGAUCGUCCUGUUCUCCGGCUUCUUUCUCAACUUCAACGCCAUGCCGAGGUACCUGCAGAUCGUCUCCUACUUCUCGUACAUACGCUACGGCUUCGAGGGCGCCAUGAUCACCGUCUACGGCUACAAUCGCAAGUCGCUCAAGUGCUCGGAGGACUUUUGCCUGUACAAGUCGCCGCGCAAAUUUCUCAGCGACAUGUCCAUGGACCAGGCCGUCUACUGGAUCGACGUGGUGGCCCUCGUGGGCUUUCUCAUACUGCUGCGCAUCGUCGCCUACUUCGUGCUCAGGCUCAAGCUGCGCUCGUUGCGUUAAGGAGAAAAAAAACACGACAAAAAAUUAGCGACGACGAAAAGAAAACUAUUUUUAAAACGAGAUUCGCGCGUGAUCGAUGUGUAUAUUUGUU